CCGACGCACGCCCGGCUAGCUCCUGCCCUGCCCGCCAUGGAUGGGCCACAGCCCCCGGCCCUGUGGGGCAAGUUCGAGAACAGUAUCUCCGAAAUUAGCCAGAAGCUGCAGGGGGAAUAUUUCCGGUACAAAGGCAUUCCCUUCCCCGUCGGCAUGUACUCACCCGAGAGCCUCAGCCUGGCAGAGAACACUGACAACGUGCGGGAUGAGGACAUUUUCAUUGUCACCUACCCCAAAUCAGGUACCAACUGGAUGAUUGAGAUCCUCUGCUUAAUUUUGAAAGAUGGGGACCCCUCGUGGAUCCGUUCUGAGCCCAUUUGGCAACGUGCACCCUGGUGCGAGACCAUCAUAAGUGCCUUCAGUCUCCCAGACCGGCCCAGCCCCCGCCUCAUGAGCUCCCACCUCCCCAUUCAACUCUUCACCAAGGCGGCCUUCAGCUCCAAGGCCAAGGUGAUCUACUUGGGCCGGAACCCCCGGGACGUCGUGGUGUCUCUUUAUUAUUACUCUAAGAUUGCAGGGCAAUUGAAGGACCCUGGGACGCCUGACCAGUUCCUUCAGGAUUUCCUCAAAGGAGAAGUGCAGUUUGGCUCCUGGUUUGACCACAUCAAGGGCUGGAUCCGGAUGCAGAGCCAUGAGAACUUCCUGUUUAUCACCUACGAAGAGCUGCAGCAGGACCUGCGAGGCUCUGUGCAACGCGUCUGCGAGUUCCUGGGCCGGCCACUGGGUGAAGAGGCCCUGAGCUCUGUGGUGGCCCACUCAGCUUUCGGUGCCAUGAAGGCCAAUACAAUGUCCAACUACACACUGUUGCCGGCCAGCCUGCUGGACCACCGCCAGGGGGCGUUCCUGCGCAAAGGCAUCAGUGGUGACUGGAAGAACCACUUCACUGUGGCACAGAGUGAGGCCUUCGACCGCGUCUACCGUGAGCAGAUGAGAGGACAACCAAGCUUCCCCUGGGACAUGUCCCCAGAGGCCACCAGCCCUGAUGGUGACCCUGAUCCUGAGCCCAGCCCUAGUCCUGGCUCUAACCCAGGACCCUCUGAUGACCCCAACGCAGAAGCCUCACAAUAAAGUUGACACU